AUGUUGCUUUCUCGUUUGGAUCCGGAGACAUCCCGCGCUUUCGAAAGAGAACAUGGAUCGACCGCCAUACCGGAAUAUAACACCUUAUUUCAAUUUUUAGAAGAAUACUGCAACGGAUUGAUCAACUCAAAUACUACCGUUUAUGCUAAGAGUUCGCCUAACAAAUCUAUGUCUAAUUCAGAUUGUAGAAAGAGGAACUCUUUCAUCACCCAAACUAAAUCGAAAAAUCCCAAGUGUGCCCUAUGUCAGUCGGAUCAUCCCACUUACACUUGCGUAAAAUAUUUGGAAAAAGCGCCAAGAGAACGACAUAUAUUUUGUAGAAAUCACCAUUUAUGCUUUGGUUGUCUCAGUAGCUUCCAUGACCUUAAAAGUUGUAAAUCUACGUCCGCUUGUAAAAAAUGUAACAGUAAAAAUCAUCACACUACAUUGCAUUUUGACCGUGAACAUGACCGAACCGACGCCACUGCUAGUGCUAACGCCAACGGCCGGAACCCAGAAAGUCCGAGUGGUCAAGAUACUCCCUCGAUGGAAACGCAACGCUCGCUGGUACUGUGCUCGGCUGCGUCCCCGGUCUCGCGAUCGCAAGUAUUGCUUUGUACUGCUUUAGUUGAAAUUAAAACAGGAAAAGGAAAUUUCAAACAAUUUCGCGCUGUUUUGGACUAUGGAUCUGAAAUUUCAAUUGUUUCUCAGAGAUGUUUUUCCGCUCUGAACAUUCGUAGUUCUCCAUGCAGCACAGUUAUCAAUGGAAUCGGAAACGAAUCGCAUUUACAAAACAUAGGUGAAGUUGAACUCUCUAUCAGAUCCAUCGGAUCGGAUGAUCCUUUGUUUAUCAUAAACGCCAACGUUCUUCCUAAAAUAUGCGGAAAACUUCCUUCGAGUAAAAUUACUACACAGUCUUGGCAUUAUUUGGAUAAGUUGAAGUUGGCCGAUCCUAAGUAUUAUUGGCCGGGAGAUAUUGACGUCCUUUUAGGUGCGGACGUAUUUUCGAAAAUUUUACUAAACAAUCACAUUCAGGGUCAAAUCGGGGGUCCAGACGCGCUACAUACGGUAUUCGGGUACGUUUUAAUUGGAAAGAUAAAUACUGCUUCAACGAAUUCGGUUCAUUCACUAUUUUGUGGAAGUCAUUGUGAUAGGAAUGCGUCAAUGAAGAGUUUUUUUGAUUUAGAGUCUGUACCGGAAUUCGAUAACGGUACAGAGACGGAUGUUUGUGAAGUAAUCUUCCGCGAGAACUAUUACAGAAAUGAAGAAGGGCGUUACGUGGUACCCCUUCCAUUCAAGGAAACAUCCCCGUUAUUUCCGGGAAGUAGAGAUUUAGCUGUGCAGCGUUUUUUGUCACUUGAAAGCCGUUUAUUGAAAAAUCCAAGUUUAUACAAGGAAUAUUGUUCGGUGAUGAGAGAGUACUUGGAGUUAUCUCAUAUGGAAAUUGUAGAUCCCGCACAGAGCACCGAUAAUUUUUAUUUGCCACAUCAUGCUGUACUUCGUCCUGAAAAGACGAGUACUAAACUCCGGGUAGUUUUCAAUGCCUCAGCAAGACUGCCAAAUAAUUCCAAAACAUUGAACGAUUGUCUCCAUACAGGUCCCAAACUUCAAACGGAUAUAAGCACUAUCUUGAUCAGUUUUCGGUUGAAGAAAAUAUGUUUCACUGCAAAUAUCAAACAAAUGUACCGCCAGAUUUUAGUAGCUCCAGAAUUUCGAGAUUACCAACGAAUUGUUUUUCGAUUUUCACCUUCUGACAAUAUUAGUGACUUUCGAAUGAGGACGGUCACCUUUGGUUUCAACUGCGCUCCUUUUCUCGCUUUACGCACCUUACGCCAACUAGCUAUUGAUGAAAAGGGUUACUUUCCUGCAGCAUCGAAUAUUUUAACAGAUGACACGUAUAUUGAUGAUGUCUGCAGCGGAGGGGAUUCAUUAAGCGAGGCAAAGCGUUUACGCGAUGAUCUCAUCAAUAUGUUAGCCAAAGGGGGUUUCGAGUUACGCAAGUGGGCAAGCAAUGACCACAGAUUUUUAGAAGAUUUACCCCAAGAAUUAAUUUCCUCUAAUCCCCUCGCUUUCGGAUCGGACCAAAAUGAUUCCAUUAAAAUUCUUGGUCUCCAUUGGGAUCCACGUCAGGAUUGUUUUCUUUAUAAGGUCAACCCAAUAGACCGCGCGAUCACCAAACGAAAUCUCUUAUCACAGUUGGCAAGGAUCUUCGAUCCUUUGGGAUUCCUCGCACCUGUCACAUUUCUAUGCAAGUACCUCAUCCAAAAAUUAUGGCUUUCAGGACUCGGCUGGGAUGACACUCCAGAUCAAGAAAUUUCAAGGGUUUGGUUGAAGUAUAAAGGAGAGUUGAACCUUUUAUCGACAAUUCAGAUCCCUCGGUAUAUCCUUUUUGAUACAAACAACGUAUUGGAAAUUCAUGCUUUCGCGGACGCGUCCGAACGGGGUUAUGGGACUUCGGUCUAUCUGAGGGUCAUAAAGGAAGAUAAUGUAAAAACAUUUCUUAUAUGCGCGAAGUCGAAGGUGGCUCCUUGUUCAAGGAAGAUUUCCAUCGCUAGGAUGGAACUUUGCGGGGCAGAUUGCUAA